UCCCAUAACAACGGCGGAAAAUAGUGCUUCAGUCGAACCCCGUGUAGGUGUAAUCAAGAUGGUGGAAGAUCAUCUAGCUAUCCGAUUACAACUUAUAUAUUUGGGUUAUACUGGUUUGUAUUAAGAAUGAACACCUUUGGUAAAUGCUAAGGAAGGGAAAGGUAUAUCCAUGACGACUUAUUACAGUCGCCACAAUAUGCCAGGUGUUCCUAGAUCAACAGGAUACACAGGAGGUUAUAGCAGCGGUACUAGAACUCUUCCUAGACAGCGUGCGUCCAGCUUAAGUCGAGAAAACAGUGCAUCAAGGCUUUACUCUUCAAGUACUAGCAGUAAACCUAGACCACUUCCGAAUGGCCCAGGACCCCUAGACAGCUAUGGCAGAAAAUUAGAUGGCACAAGUUCCUACAAGAUAAAAACUACCUCAUCUCCCCUCCGUCCUACUGGACCACUCAAGGCUACCAGUGUAUAUAGCAGUUCAUACUCAACUUCUUAUGGAUCAGCGUACGGUUCAGGAACAAGUUCUGGGUCAACAUCAAGGCCUGAUAGUGGAAUAAAGCACAGGCGAUCCACAAGUAUAUCAAAUAUUAGUGAUUCAUUGUCAGAUGUCAGGUUAGACAGUGAAUCGAGAAGAUCAAGGAACAGAGAGGAGGCUAAUGGACUCUCAUCAUACAGGACGGAAUAUACCCCAAGGAGUUCCAAGACCAAACCAGACAAUGAUAAAAAUGAUGAUAUAUUCAGUACAUCAAGAACAAGUUCCAGAAACAGUAAAUUUAUAAAGGAUAAUUCUAUUGAGUUGAAUGAUGAUAGCUACACACCAUCAGUGAGCAGGAAGAGAGAUGCGAGUUUGCCUCCCUUGUCAAGGAGGGACUCCAGUCCUCUGGACUCGAAGCCCUCAUUCACAAGACAGAGUUCUGUUUCUCCUCCAAGUGUCAAUGGUUCCAUGUCUCAACAUAUGAAUGGUGGAAAAGUUGGUCUCAGGAACUUGGGAAACACUUGUUUCAUGAACAGUGUACUGCAGUGCCUUAGUAACACCAAGCCUUUGUUAGAGUAUUUUUUAAAGGAAGAUUACAUUUUGGAUAAAAACACUAGCACCAGUUCUAUGAAGGGUCAACUUGUCACAGCUUAUGCCAAUUUGAUGAAAUCAAUGUGGGCAGAAAGAAGCGAUUCCCAUGUGUCUCCAAAUGCCUUCAAGACACAAAUUCAGAGGUUUGCCCCGAGGUUCAUGGGAUAUGCCCAGCAGGAUGCCCAAGAGUUUCUGCGAUAUCUUCUGGAGGGCCUACAUGAAGAUGUGAACAAGGUUACCAGUAAACCUAAGCCUGUCACCAUUGAUGAUGACGACUUUAGCAAUGAUCAGGACAAGGCCAAAGAAUACUGGAGAGUUUAUCUUACCUAUGACAACAGUCAUAUCGUUGAAAUAUUUGUAGGCCAGUUGAAAAGUGAGCUGAAGUUUGAUUGUGAUCACCGUUCAGUGACCUUUGACCCUUUCUGGGAUUUGUCUGUUCCAAUUCCUAAAGUUAGUUUAGCUAUGAGAGGUGAUGCCAGCAUUAUACAGUGUAUAACAGCUUUUAUGAAGGCAGAAGUAUUGGAUGGGGAUGAGAGACCAACUUGCUCAAAGUGCAAGAAGAGAAUGCGCUGCACAAAAAGUUUUUCCAUACAACGAUUUCCUACCAUAUUGGUAUUACAUUUAAAAAGAUUUAGUCAGGGCAGGUAUAGCCAGAAAGUGUCCACAUGUAUUGACUUUCCACAAGUUCUGGACAUGACAGAAUACUCAUCAGAGAAAGGUGGAAAGCGAGUCCUAUACAAUCUGUAUGGAGUCAGUAAUCACAGUGGAGGGGUACAUUCUGGUCACUAUACAGCCAACUCUAAACACCCCUACAGCGGAGAAUGGCAUGUCUUCAAUGAUACCAGGGUCAGCCCAACAAGUGCUAGUCGAGCUGUCUCUUCUGAAGCUUAUCUCCUGUUUUACGAGCGCACCUUUGACACAUCUCGUCUAUGAUUUAAAGUCUGUAGAUAGUCGUAGGAAAGUGUAUCAGCAUUAUUUGAGCAGUUUAUUACUAAUCAUGGCACUAACAAUCAUCAAUGUUGGCAAAUGAACACAAUUCUUUCUCCUUUCCAACAUCAAUUUUAUCCUUUCUGUCCUCCCUGUUACUUCGUGUUAUAUUUUUCUCGCUGGUUUAUUCUGAAAUUUUUAAAUACAUGUAUAUUUUCCUUGGACAGUUCAGAUUAUGUGUAUUUCUAUGAGUGUAUGUUAUUUCAGUUUAAAUUCUUUUAAACUUGUUACUACAUUUUCCCACACAUCUAAAGAUUUUGUCAAUAUGCAAAGUUGCAUUGAUCAGAUGCAUUGUUAAAUAAAAUCAGUCUAUGCAUUAUCAUAGAUUUGUUUAUAUCAAAUUGUUAGUGAUUGUUAUAAGAUAUUGCUGUUUAUUACUGUUAUCAUUUCUAACAAUAGAUAAAAAUCAAAGUUGACAAAGCGAUUCUUUAAAGUAUUAUUAUGAGUUUAUGAUUAUUAUCAUAGUUACCAGGUAAGAAAAAAAUACACUGAAGAGAUAAACAUGUGCAGGUUGUAUUUGUUAUUACUGGACAUUAUUACUGCUUUUAGAAGCCCUGCUUUAUCAUACAUACAUUGUAUAUUGAAAACUGAUCUGUACAGUGUUGGUUCUAAUUUAUUAAUUUAUUGGAGUGAUGAUGAAUGAAUGUCACUGUAUUAUAAACGUAUGAGAGCAUAGAGCAUUUAUAGCUGUUGGUAGGCCAUGUAGAACAGCACUUUUACAGGAACAAGCAAUCUGUGAUACAUUAUUUAAGGCACAGUUUGAGCUUUACUAUUGUUUUUACGUGCACAAAGAGGUUUAAAUAUUGAGAUAUUCUCUGAUUUUAUUUAUUGUACUGGAAGAUAAAAGAAAUAUUCAUAUACAUUUGAUGUGUGAAUGAUAUGAUAAAUAGAUGAAAGAAAAAUGUUUUUUUGAAUUGUUUGAAAUGGCCCCGGAGUAAUUCAGAAAUGUUUAUUGACUUCAUUCUUAUCAACAGAAUGAAAUCUUGUUGUUUUGGUUUAAUGUAAGAUUUCAUGUGCUUCCUUUUAUUACUUAAAUUCUUUUUACACUUUUUAAAGUACAUGUACAACUUUGUAUAAAGCAUGUAAUGUAGUUCAGGAUUAACAAAAUCUAAUGUGUCUUGUUUUGACACAUUUUUGUCAUGGUUACACAGUUUUUUGAGCACUAAAGUGAAGAUAUUUUACAUCAGAACAAAUUUUAUACCAUGGAUUUUGUUUUAUCAGGUGUUUUGGUGUUUUACUCAUUUUACAAAAUAUUUUCAUAUUUUUUGUUAAUUUAAGUCCUUCAUUUUAAAGUAUUUGAUUGAUAUUGGCACAUAAUGGCAUUUAUUGUUGAACAGUUUGCCCUUCUUGCUAGCUUUUUUAUGUACAUUGAAUUCUUUGGGUAUAUUUGCUUUUCCAUCUAUAUUAAAAAAGUUAUUGUGAUCAGUGCUUUACUCAUAAGUUUAUUUCUUUGAUGAUAAAUUUGUCCUCCAAUUUUAUUUGUACAUACAGUAUAUCCAUUUUUUGUCCUGAAUGUGACAUUUGACACAAACCGUCCAUUUGUUUUGUUUUUUCAUGUUUAGUCAUUUUACCUUUGUGCACCUAUGUAUUUAAUGUUUAUUUUGUUGCAUUCUUUUGUGUUCAUUCUUAAGAGGUCAUGAAUAUGUUUCCCUAUAAAAAUUCACUAAAUGAAGUUUUCUCUCUUGCAUACUUAAUGAUACUUUAUAGAUAUAUUCUUAAAUGCAUUGUAUUUUAGCUUUGGUUUUAAAGUAAAUCCGAGACUGUAGAAUUUAUAUUUUAUGGUUCUUUUUUGGGGGGCAUUGGGGGGGGGAUUAAUUAUUUAUUCUCUUUAUUUGUAAUGUGGGUACAAGGAGAAUAUUCCUUUCUGUUAUAAAUGUGUUUAAUCAUACCUUCAUGUCAAAUGAAAAUGUAAAUAAAUGUUAAUUGUAUACACCUAUUUCAAACAUUUAAAAAGUCACUUUUUCAGUUUUCUUGAUUUAGUUCUCAAGAUUGUUUGGCAAUACACUUACAUGUAUACGUUUUUGAAAAGGAGAAAAAGAAAAACAUAUAACUUGAGCAAUAUCUUGUUUAAAAAAGAGAGAGGUCGAUAAAAAAGAACUUUGCAUCAUUUAUGACGAUAUAGAGAUUUCAUUAGAUAUAAUACAAGCUAUUGUUGCUUUGAAUUAAUUUUAUGUACAUUAGUUUUAUGACAAACUGUAUUUUAGCAUUUUUUAAGGAUCACAUUUACGUAUUUAUAGAUAGUAAAUCAGUGAAAGAUUUGUUGAUUAGAGUUUACUAUGUAUCCCAUUAAAACAAGUUCAGGGGAUGUACAAGAAUGAACAUAUCUCUAUGAUUGCUCUACUUCAUAUUACAUUUGUUGUCUGAAACAUCAGGUCAUUAAAUACAUGUGCAAAGAUUUCUCUUGGAAAGGGUGUCCUAGGUCAAGGUCAAUGUGAUGAAGGCAGGAAGACCAGCAUUGCUAAAAAUUAAGAAAGAAAAAAAUCUGUGUUUUCCAAAAGUUCAUACUUGAUACAACAGAAGGUACAUAAAUUAGCCAGAGAUGGAUUAUAGACAUGAAGUAAGGUCAUUGGGAAAGGUCAGAGGGAUUGGGUAAGGUUAAACAAGGUCAAAAGGAGAAGUAAAGUCAUUGGGCAAGGUCAGAGGGAUUGGGCAAGGUUGACCUUGGAUUGGGUAAGGUUUACCAAGGUCAAAAAGAAUUGGCAAGGUCAAAAGGAAAGAGAGUAAAAUUGUUAUGCAGAUCAUUACUUGGUAAAAGUUUGUGUUUACUUGACCAUCUGUAUAUAAUAAACAUGUAUUAAUGACACUGAAUCAAUGUCAAGGAAACUGGAAAUGUGGUCUUGUCACAAUGCAAGAACUAAAGAUGACUCUCCUUAAUAAGGUCAGAGUGAUAUGUCAUUACUUAAUAUUUGUGUGAAAUAUUUGAGUUUUUAUUUACUGUACAUUGUUUUCAGUGCAUGUAUGGUACUGAUCCAGUUUUUUUAUUUUGUUUCAGUUAAAAAGAAGGGGGGGGGGGUAUGAGCAUGGAAUACUAACAAAUAUUGAAGUCUCUCAGCAAAACAUGGAUAAUGGGUACAUGUAUAUUGUACAUAUAUCAAAUUGUGAAUAUUUUUACACUGCUCUGAAUAGAGUUAUGAUUGUUACUCUCUUAGAUUGAAUAAUAAUUAUUCACUUGCCUUUAUUAAAUACAGUCAUAAAAUUU